AAUCUCAGGCUGUACCAGCUGUACCGCUGUAGUACAUACCUGCACUGCGAUUUUCAGAUCCUGCCUGUGUGUGCGACAGAUGUGGAAGGUGUACAAGGACUUUCGCACCGUUCGCUGUGCUAGUCGUCAUCAACCGCAUUUGCCUCACAGCCAACGAGCUGUUUUAGAUCACGCUUGGUCAAGUUUCAGGAUCGUCAAAUUCGAGGGUGUGAACGUCGAUACACUCAGCUGCUUGUUAUGGAGGGGCAGUACAAUCUCCGCAGCCCAGCUGUGAAGCGUCUUAUGCGAGAGGCCCAGGAACUCCGUGAAGCGACGGAAGAAUACUUUGCGCAACCAUUGGAUGAUAAUCUGUUUGAGUGGCACUUUACUGUGCGCGGGCCGCCGGACUCCGAGUUUGAAGGAGGUAUCUACCAUGGCCGCGUAAUCCUUCCCCCAGACUAUCCCAUGAAGCCACCGAGCAUCAUUCUUUUGACGCCUAACGGACGCUUUGAGAUCAACAAGAAGAUUUGCCUAAGCAUCUCAGGUCACCAUCCCGAAUCAUGGCAGCCGUCAUGGUCUUUGCGAACGGCCCUGCUGGCCAUCAUCGGUUUCAUGCCAACUCAUGGAAGUGGUGCGAUCGGUUCUCUGGACUAUAGUUCCAUAGAACGGAAGCUGCUCGCAAAAAAAUCACAAACAUGGAGCUGCCCCAACUGUGGCCCAAUAGCCAAGCUGCUCAAGGAACACUCACAAGAACCACAUGACACUGCCGCCGACAAGGAGGCAAGGGAGCAGGCGGCGCAGAUCAUGUUCAAGGAUGCCAGUGAGAAGCCCAGCACAGCCAGGACUAGCGAAAGCAAUUCCAUUGAGCAGACAACAACAUCGGUGACUCUACCACAGCCAAAUGACUCCAACAGCAAAGGGCAGACAUCAGCUAAUGCAGACAAGAAAGCGACAAACGCUAGCAGCAGUGUCACUAGUGACACAUCCACUACAGUUCGGGCCACCCAGUCGGAUUCGGUGAUCGGAGGCACUACCGAGGACACACCAGACAUGGUGAAGCGGCGACUUGCAGCGGCACGAAUCCUGGCGCAGCGUGCCGAGCGCCUCGCCCAGCAACAACAGCCACUCGCUGCACUGGCCGAGGAGACAGGCACGGGAAAUCGUACGGCAAGAGUGAGCUCGGGAGACAAUCUGCGCAUGGCAUACAAUGCGGCGAUCUGGCUCAUUGGCAGUGCCUUCGUGGGCCUGCUCAUACGGCGAGUCUUUUUCUUGUGAUCGGCUAGAGCGCGGUUAAAUGGCACAAACCUGACGAACUGCUUGUGCUCUCGUAUGUGCCUCGUGCAUCGGGAUCAUCGAAGUGUGCGUUAGGUGCUAGGUCAAUGUCUGAACCACCUGCUUUGAGUGGGUGCCGAUGGAACGAUCCGCCUGCCUUGCGUAGCGAAAUUGACUUAAGUACUGCUGCAAGUAUGACAGCUGUCGAUCUUAUGAAAAAAGUGUUGGUGAUAUAUCCAGUGCUGCAUCUCUCAGGUGGUGUGAGACUUACAAAAAGCCCGGUGAGUCGCAUGUAGGGCCUAUCCUUCUUGGGGGUAAAAAUUCCAUGUCGCUGUCUUACGGUUGGCUGGUUUGCAACGUGGUGCAGUUGUGAAAAUAAAAAAGAAGCGGCUUCUCUUAGAGAGUGAGCUUCCCAAGUGGGAUUUUAGUUCAAUAGGGAAUGUUUCGAUUGAUUUAUGUGUGUCGUGUAACGUUCCGAAACCACCAUAUGAGUACGAGAAACAGAGAGGAAAUGUAACGAAUGCGAGAGUGCUGCUGCGUGGUAUCCAAGUUUUGUUGCACCUUACAUGUCUUUCUAAGCUGCGUGGAACUUAUCUAGAAUCAACUAUAGUGUGCGUAUAUAUUGUAGAAAACUAGUGAUUAGCUGCCUGACAAACACGCACAACUUUCCAGGAAGCUAUGCUCAAAAUAAUGCAAGCCAGCUCAAGUGAAUCUAUUGCAAUAUAUGCAACCAGCUGCUUUUCUGUGCCAUAGAUCUGCCAGUCAUCAAAACAUGCAACAAAUUGAUGUGUAAAAGACUAUAUGGCUAGGGUAUUCAGCUGUACUGUUGCCAGCUAGGGUUUUAAGUAACCUGGAAAAUGCAAACAUUCGUAAACCUGCUAAACAUAGCCGCAACCAAUGAUGAUAGGAAGCAUCUGUGCCACUUGGCUCAUUGGCAGUAUUUUGUCGCCCACACAGUGGGUUUGGAAGCUACGAUGAAGUCAGUUCUAUGCAGAGUUAACGCUGUAAAACACAGAUGAGCCGCCCCCUCUCAAAACAACACUAUCAAUGCCGCUCCUUCAUGUGUAGGUCACUUGUAAAGUAUACGUAUGAAGAAAAAGGGCUUGAAAAAAAUACAUUCCUACACUUGUGCAAUGCCCAGAUUGAUGCACAUAAAUUAUGCAUGGUGCCUCCUUCCUCUAUCACUGUGAAUAAAUGGAUUUUUACACAUC